CCCUUUUUAAUAUUUCCGAUUGCGGCGGCGCGGUAAUAAUCUGUCGGCUUCUGCGAAGAUGGCCACUGAGCAGGACAAAGAUGCGGCCCCCGCAGAAAUCGCGAAUACUACGCGCGAAUACCACCCCGCGGGGUUCCCCGAGUCGCAGCGGCGGUUCGUGUUUCGCAUCUGGCAGUGGCAGUUGUUUUUGUGCAACUGGGAACUCGGCGCGCUGGCCGUCGCCAUCCCGACGCUCGAGAGGAGCAGCGGCAACUACUUCAGCAACGACAACUCGGACGGGCUCGCGCUGUCCAAAUCCCUCUACGGCUUCAUCAACAUGAUCUACUUCUUUUCUGCCGUGGCCGCAUACUUCGUCGUGUCCGGCCUGCUGCUCGGCAACGUGCCCCCACAGACCCUCUGCACC